GGUGUUUGUGAAGUUUCGCUUCAGUUUCUGAUAUUUUCAGGCGUUUUAACUUCACAAUUGUGACAAAAUGUAGGAAAUCUUCGAUCCAAAACCUUAGAUAUUCGUUUUAUAGCAUAAAACAAGUAGCUUAGUGAUGUCUGUAAGUUGAAAGACGCUCUGUCUGCAGUCAUGUGAUCACGACAAGCAGCUUUGGAUUCCUCGCUAAAUCUCGCUUUAGAUUGAAGUUCUAUAAGAUUUACAUAGAGCAAAAUUAAAGGCAGAAACAUGUUUACAUCAAUAUAUUGUUGAACGAUGGAUGAGAAGGAACGGAAUUACUGCUGUCUGUUACUGCUGCUUUCAAGGGUAGGCCUGGAAAAGUUACGUCAGUUAUUCAUUAAUGAAUGGAAUUCUGCUGGUGGCUUUGUCCCAUGGACUGAUUGUCCUCAGAAUGGCACUGACUUGUUGACGAAGUUCACCCCACUUCCUUAUGAAAGAGCCAAAGUCCAGUCAGGUGACACAACCACAUGGGAUUUAUCUCUAUUUGUCAAAGCUCUGUUGUACUCCGCACCACCAUUUGUACCUAGGUCCAAAACAGCUUUAUUUGCUGGUUUGAAGUGUUUGAUUGAUACUAGAAACACCCUUUGCCACACUGGCAAUGGUAAGAUUGAAUCAGCAGAGUUUGACAUUCUGUAUGCUGAUUCUUGUAAAGCAUUGUCGUUAGUUGGUGCUUUGCCAAGUGACUUCAAGAAAGUUGAGAGAGAUGUGAAGCAGCAGUGGAGUGAAGUUUUAUCUCUAGUAAAACAGUGUGCAUCACAAGAUACAGACAUCCUGCAAGGACUUGGCAUAAUAAACAGCAAGCUUGAUGAUCUGCAGAGGGGAGUAGACAAAGUACAGCUUGGCCAGGAGGAGAUCCUCAAACAAAUUCAAAAUCUUAGCAAACCAUCAACAUGUACAAGCAAAGAUGCAGAAGAAGACAUCAACAACCACAAGGAAGCGAUAACAAAGCAAACAGAUUUGCUACCAAAAGGACCCGAUCAAUCGAGACUGAAAACUGACGAUAUUUUCACUAAUUUAACUGUCUACCAAGGCAAACAAAAAUCUCGAAAAGAAAAAGCUCAAGGUCGAUAUAUUAAUCUUGAGACACUUUUUGGUACGGUGUACGCUAAUAACGUGAUUAAGAAGAUGGAAAUACUGAAUAAUAGGGAUAAACACAACACAUCUAAUUAGAGUGUUCUAACAUGCAUUUUAGUUGUGUUGUAAUGUCAUCAUUCCAAUAUAUAGCUAUCAGUUA